AUGAAAUUAUUAAAUAUUAACAAAGAAAAAGAAAAAUCUAACAGUAAUGGUUCAAUUCAAGAACAGUUCUCACCAAUUACUCCUGCCACCACCGAAAACAGCGAACUUGAAAACGUUAACAAAAACCCUUACAUGGAGGUAAUUUAUAAAAGAUUAAGAGCUAUGAGAAAGCGCAUGGUCAGAGUUGAAAAAUAUGAAGAAAUUGCUAAUUCUACUCCUGAUGGUAAAAAUCAAUUAAAUGCCGAUCAACUUAAUUCACUCGAAAAAAAAGGUGAACUUGCUGCAGUGAUUAAACAAUCCGAAGAUAUUUUGAAAUCAAUGGAAGCUGUUGAUAAAGAGGAGGUCAAAAAAGAAAAGGCACAAAAAAAGACACAACAAGAAGAAAAUGAAAAGGCCAUUUCUAAUGCAAUCAAAGAAGCAAAGCAACAGUGA